CCAUUCGAAUCAUUUCUAUCCGACUAAAAAUUACUAUUGAAUUAUUUAACUCUAUCAACGAUGAAAAUUUCACGAAUAACUUUUCUCCUACAAAUUUGUAGCUUAAUUACAAGGAUUUUUUUUAAAGAAAACCCUUUUCUCUCUAUAGGUAGGAGUUCCAUUUCCUAGAUCGAGAAGCAGUUUGCGCGUAUACUAGCUGCUUUGGGAUUUGUAUGAGUUAAUGUCGAUCAUCCUGAUGAUCUAUAUUACAGAGUGUACCCAGAACGGAUGUAGCGAUAGAUCGGUGUCACGUGAACCCUCCGGAUAUACUAGCUUCCUAGUCUUGCUCACCUACUUUAUCAUGCUCUUCCAUUUCGUCGGAAAGUACAGAAAUUUGAUUUACAAAAAGCCACAAAGAUCAUUAAGGAGUAAAUGUCGAGUCCUAACAAAAAUAUUUUCAAACAUUAUCAUUGGAAGCAAUAUGAACAAUAGAUAUCUAGAGUAAUAAAAUCAUGGUCAAUUAUAAUAUAUGAAACUCUGCAUAUUCCUAAGAUUACUCUCUCCAGUUAAUUAAUUCUUAUUAUUCUGUCGGACAUGAUGAUCACAAGUUACUGGACCAAAGGACGUAGAUCUACGCUCGGUGAUCCGAACCGUAGGACCUGACAGAGUAGAUCUACGUCCUUAGACAUACGAAUUAGCCAGGAUUCAGGGAUCCACCGAAUCAAGUCGUGGAUUUGGAAAAUCAUCAUCGGUGGAUAAUGGAAAACAAAGAGGAGCAGAGAUGUGUAGGAACGGUGGACGAUAAAGAGCACAGCUUCGUCGGGAUAGCCGUCAACUUGAUGAUGAUAUACUGUUGCGAUCUUGGUGACCCUCUUUCUCCUUGUUUUCCUCGUCCCCUCCUGCUCCUCGUGCGGCACGAGUGAGCGAGCGCGCGCGGAAUAAACGCGUGACACCGAUGUAAACGGCAAGGGUGGACCGGGGGAAAAAAAGGAAAAGGGGGAUCCCCCGAUUUCGUACCCCCGAUAUUUCAGCUAGUUCGACGUCGAAAGCGAACUCCCGAUUCUAGUUCCGAACGGGCCGGCUGAGCAUACGCAUCUCCUCGGACGUGGAUCGGGACAGGUCCGUAACAGAUCGUCGAAAUUUGACAGAAAAUAAGCGAAAGAAAUCGAAAACGUUCAUGUAGAUCGGGGGUAGUCAUCGAUGAUCGCAACGCGGAACCGUCAGGAUCGAGAGGACAUACGUUAACUCUUGAUCGCUGAAUAUAUUUAUCAAAGUGUGUCAUACUUCGAUCUUCAACGAUUCAUGGAAAUGUCGAUUCGAGCCGCUGCGUGAAGGAUCAAGGGUGUGCAGUGCAGUGCAUACUUGAUUUUUGAUAAAAGAAUAGUUUGGAGGUCAGCUUAUUUCCCGCGCGACCCUGAGGAGGAACCAUCGUGGUCAGAAGCUAGGAUAGUGUCCUGGGAUUGGUAGUCGGUUACAGUUAGAAACACUGUUAUGUCUUCGCGGUAGUUCCGCGAUAAGUGGAGGAACAGCUGAGAGAGAAGAAACUUUUUCACGGCAAACGAGAGGAAUUCAAAAUGACAGUGACAUCGAGAGACCCUGAACUAGCGGAUCCUGAAAAUUCGGACAAAACCGCUUUGAAUCUGACACCUUCGUCGAACAAAAAGCCACUACCGGAACGUGGUACAUGGAGCACCAAGCUAGACUUCAUUCUAAGCGUGGUUGGUCUGGCGAUUGGUUUGGGAAACGUAUGGAGAUUUCCCUACCUGUGUUACAAGAAUGGCGGUGGUGCUUUUUUAAUCCCCUACUUCUUGACCCUGGUACUAGCUGGAAUUCCAAUGUUUUUUAUGGAGCUUGCCCUUGGACAGAUGCUCACUGUUGGCGGCCUUGGAGUUUUCAAAAUUGCACCCCUUUUUAAGGGUAUCGGAUAUGCAGCUGCAGUUAUGUCCUGUUGGAUGAACGUUUAUUAUAUUGUUAUUCUUGCUUGGGCUAUCUUCUACUUCUUCAUGUCCAUGCGUAGUGAACUGCCUUGGGGUAGCUGCAACAAUUACUGGAACACGAAGAAUUGCGUGAAUCCUUACGACAGAGACUCAUUGUUAUGCUGGACCGAGGUUACCAGGCGUCACAACGUGGUUAAAAUGUGUUCCGUCAACGACGUCAACAUGACCAUCACGGAGCUCACCGAUCCAGUGAAAGAAUUUUGGGAGCGUCGAGCACUUCAGAUCAGCGAUGGUGUUGAACACAUGGGAAGCAUCCGUUGGGAAUUGGCUGGUACUCUUCUUUUAGUUUGGAUCCUCUGUUAUUUUUGCAUUUGGAAAGGUGUUAAGUGGACUGGAAAAGUAGUCUACUUCACCUCUCUCUUUCCUUACGUGUUACUGACCAUCCUUUUGAUUCGUGGCAUCACUUUGCCCGGAGCCAUCGAGGGCAUCAGAUUCUACAUCAGUCCGAAUCUUUCAAAAUUAAAAGAAUCAGAGGUAUGGAUAGAUGCAGUCACUCAAAUUUUCUUCUCCUACGGAUUGGGAUUGGGCACUCUGGUAGCUCUCGGUAGUUACAAUAAAUUUACCAACAACGUUUACAAGGAUGCUUUAAUCGUAUGCUCGGUGAACUCAUCGACGAGUAUGUUCGCCGGAUUUGUCAUAUUUUCCGUGGUGGGUUUCAUGGCCCACGAGCAACAGAAGCCUGUCGCGGAAGUGGCCGCUUCCGGUCCAGGGUUAGCUUUCUUAGCUUAUCCUUCAGCAGUUCUUCAACUUCCUGGAGCGCCCCUUUGGUCUUGCCUCUUCUUCUUCAUGCUUCUUCUUAUCGGAUUAGAUUCACAGUUCUGUACCAUGGAAGGGUUUAUCACUGCCAUGGUGGACGAAUGGCCACAACUGCUUCGCCGACGUAAAGAACUCUUCAUCGCGAUCGUGUGCGUGCUUUCUUAUAUCAUUGGGUUAUCCUGUAUCUCCCAGGGUGGCAUGUACGUCUUCCAAAUCCUCGAUUCGUAUGCUGUUUCCGGUUUUUGUCUUCUGUUUCUAAUUUUCUUCGAGUGCAUCUCUAUAAGCUGGGCAUUCGGCGUUAAUCGGUUCUAUGAUGCUAUCAGAGAUAUGAUAGGAUAUUAUCCUCUUAUGUGGUGGAAACUUUGUUGGACUGUUACUACUCCAAUGAUUUGUGUGGGUGUCUUCAUUUUCAACCUGGUGCAAUGGACACCAGUGAAAUAUCUAGAUUAUGAGUAUCCAUGGUGGUCGCACGUGCUGGGUUGGAUGACAGCCUUAUCUUCUAUGCUCUGUAUACCAGGUUACAUGCUUUAUGCUUGGAUGACAACUCCAGGAGAUAGGUCUACGAAAUUCAAACUGUUAGUACGAAUAGAAGACGACGUAACAAGUCUACGAAUGAAAAUGGGACAGCCAUCGGUCGAACUGACACCACUUUAACUGCCAAGGAUUUAUUUCCUAAUAAAAAGGACUUAUCGUCCUAAUCUUUUAUUAUUUCCUAUCAUUAAUUUAACGAGCCAUUCUUUUCUCUUUUUUUUUUUGUAAAAUUACCUUUCUCGUUGAUUCGAAACGAACUUUUUAUUGUGUUCCUGUUUGCGAAAAAACAAAAAACCAUGUGUAUUAUUUAAACGAACUCUCUUAAUUGUCUAGGAGAUAGAUUAGGCCUAGACUGUAGGUAGUAAUUGAUAGAUUCUUAUCGAACGGGAGCUCCCAUAAAAUAGAAGGCGGCUAAAAGUGUUCAGAAAUCGCGCGUUUAGUAUUAUACUUUUAAGUAUAUUUAAUAAUUUACGUAAGUACAAUUAUUGGCGUACGCGAAUAGUUCGUUAACAAACUGAAAGGAAAUAGAAGAUAUCGUGUUACGACGGAACGAUCAUUCUUGAGAAUGAUUUAAAAGAUUUGCAGCUUCCUAUUCGAAAGAUAGAAACUAUUCGCGUAAGCCCGAAAGAUUUAGCUGCUAACUUACUCUAGCAAUGGCUAACUUACUAGCAAAUAUCGGGCGUGUACCAUAAACGAAAAGAAAAAAACUAUUGCACUCCUUGAAUUUAAUUAUUUAAGUACACGUAUAUUUACGCUGCCAUAAUUAUUAUAUCCUAUCGUUCGAUCGAUCGAUAAGCCGAAAUAUUUUUUUCUUUUUUGUAUGAUUACAAAAAUGUCUCGGUUUACGCGCGAUUCUGCAGACGGUGUACGUGCAAAUUAUACUGUUAAGAUGAAAUUGUAGAUUCGCGUAGACAAAGUAUGACAGUAGGUUGCAUUAACUAAGAAGAAAAUAUUGUUACUGAUAUCUAUUGAUCAAUGAGUAUUUAAAUUAUUGUAUAUUUAAUUGGGAAUUAUCACAGUUAGCUAUUGUAGUUAUGUACACGACGUAUGUUUUUUCUUCUAGAGAGAAUAACUUCGAUGUGAGAAACGACGAAAAAUAGGAACAAAGAAUCUGUACGUGAAAU